AUGUAUCGAACGUUAGAAACAUGCAUACAAAUACGACUGGAAACACUAUUAGGCAGAAGUUUGGAUGUAAAUAAUCUUAACAAAUUGAAUUUCCCAUUUCAAAAUCAGAUCAUCACAAGCUUGUUUGAAGGAAUAUUGGCGCUAUUGACCAAUAGUUGGCAUAUUUGGCUCAUAUGUCAUGUUAAAUUACCCACUACUAUGACACCUAAUAAUGUUGCACUUCCAGUACUGAAUAUCGCCGCUCUCAGUUCUUUAUUCUGGAUUAUGAUAUCGAUUAUUUACGAAUGGCCGGAUUUAUGGCAUAAGAAAAGUUUGAUCCAACAAACACCCACAUUUCCAUUUGCUGAAAUACGAGUAUUGUUGCUAAUUUCAAUUGCUAUUCUUAUCAAUUGGUUGUUACUUUAUACAUUAUAUCGAGCAUUCAUCGUAAAUAAGAAUGGUGUAGCAAGGAUGCUUUUGGAAAGUGACGAAAAAUCAACAUAA